AUGUCCCGGCUGCCAUUCCUCCCAGCCCGCAAUUCGCGACACCGCAUCGCCGCCCUCUCCCUGUACCGCGCGCUUCUCCGAUCCGCAGACAAGAUAGCCUUGCCGACCGACGUACGCGGGGCCGAUUCGAAACAUGCCAUCGGUCGCAUGAUCAAGAAGCAGUUCCUCAAGAACCGCCAGCUCACAAGCUUCCGGCUGGUGUACGCCUCCAUAGCAGCCGGGUACAAGUUCCUCUCGCUCUUCGCCAAAGCACACAACUCCUCGUCUCCCGAGUACGCGCAGCUCCUGGCGUACCUUCGUGCCCGCCCUGCCAGAGGCUCGGCUUGCCGGCCUCGCCAGGUCCUUGGAAAGCCGGAAGAACCGGCUCGCGAACCAUUCCUCAAAAACGUAUCCGGUAGCGACGAACCCCGCUACGUCACGACUAUGGGCCCGGGCACCUUGAAAGGGCGUAUCCCGCAUCUGUGCGCCACAGCGGACGGUCAACCGUUCAUACGACUCCGAAAACCUCAACCUCGGGCGCUGUCAAAGAUGGUUGGUAGGAAAGGGGAGAUUUUCCGGACAAAAAUGGCCAAAAUGAUGGCAGCCACCGAGGAGCUCGCACAGGAUGCUGCCCUGGAAGAUGACUGGGAUGACUUGGUAGCUGAGCAAAGGAGCAGGGAGGAGUCGACUGCCAAAGACGCUCAAGCCCCUGUGCGGCCAGAGUACCCGAGCACAUUUACCUGGACUGCGCAACUCACACGUUUGUGGUGGGAGUGGCAGAUUGAAAAGACGUGGCGGGAUUGGAUGGCUCGAGGCGAGGCACUGCAUAGAUUCGUCCAAGCGGAACAGAAGCACCUAGACGAAUUGCAGAGCAAUAAGGACUUGAUAGCAUCACCGCCACCAUCUGCUUCUUCUUCGUCUUUUUCUUCUCUUUCCUCUCCUUCCUCUCCUUCCUCUCCUUCCCCUCCUUCCUCUACUACUAGAACAUCGAGGAAUCGCAAGACCCCAUCACACGAGCGAGAUGCAUAUGUUCCGAACGUUGGCGCAAAUCCUACUCCGCCGUUCCCACUAAUAGCUUCCAUCAAGUUAUACGAGCAACGUGGCGGCAAGAACUUGUAUCAUGAUACGGGGAAUGGUGCUGAUCCCUUCCUUGGACCACAUUGGAACGCCUUGGUGCACAUGGAGAAGGCGAGACUACUGAAAUGGACAGCGAGGGGGCGCUCUGCAAGUAAAAGGAAUGGCUACUCAAGUAGCACCUGUUGA